UGCCGUCUCAUUUCCAAGUUAAUCCACAUGAGGGCUUCAAAUACUGAAUGCUUAGGGUUUCUACUCUUCCUCAUCGGCGUUCUCCAAUGUAAAGCUUUGGCUCGUUACACUUUCGUGGUCGAGGAAACGCCAUACAAAAGAUUAUGUUGCACUAAGAACAUCCUGACGGUGAAUGGACAAUUUCCUGGGCCGACUCUAUAUGUGCACAAAGGCGAUACCAUCAUUGUUGAUGUCUAUAACAAGGCUAAAUACAACAUUACCAUUCACUGGCACGGUGUGAAACAACCAAGAUAUCCAUGGUCUGAUGGACCAGAGUAUAUAACCCAAUGCCCAAUACAGCCAGGAGCUAAGUUUAGUCAGAAGGUGAUAUUCUCCAUAGAAGAAGGGACCUUAUGGUGGCAUGCUCAUAGUGACUGGUCAAGAGCCACUGUGCAUGGAGCCAUUGUUAUUUAUCCCAAAAAAGAUUCAAGCUAUCCCUUUCUGAAACCUGAUGCUGAAGUACCUAUUAUAUUAGGAGAAUGGUGGAAGAAACCGAUAAUGGAGGUCUAUCAUGAAAUGCUCAAAACCGGGGGAGACCCAAAUAUUUCCGAUGCCUAUACUAUCAAUGGUCAACCCGGAGAUCUUUACCCAUGCUCAAAGCAAGAUACUUUCAAAUUAAGGGUUGAGCAAGGCAAGACAUAUUUGCUGCGAAUAAUCAACGCGGCCAUGCAAGACCUCCUCUUCUUCUCCAUUGCCAACCACAGCGUCACGGUCGUCGCGACGGACGCGAGCUACACUAAGCCCUUGACGAGAGAUAUCAUCACAAUAUCUCCCGGUCAAACCAUCGACGUCCUCCUCAAAGCCAACCAAAACCCUGACCACUAUUAUAUGGCUGCUAGGGUUUACUCUAGCGCUCUCGGUGUGGCUUAUGAUAACACAACCACCACGGCCGUAAUGGAAUACUCUGGAAAGUAUGCUCCAACCUCGCCAACUCCUUUGCCGCAACUUCCUUAUUACAACGACACUUCCGCGUCAGUCAAUUUCACCGGCAGCCUCCGAAGCUUAGCGAGCGACGAGCACCCCAUCGACGUCCCCAAGCAUAUAACCAACCAUUUCAUCUUCACUAUCUCCGUUAACUCAUUCCCGUGUCCAAACAAUUCCUGCGCGGGCCCCAAUGGGACCCGUCUCGCUGCAAGCGUGAACAACAUAAGUUUCACGAACCCCUCGAUCGACAUCCUCCAAGCUUAUUAUUACGGCAUCAAAGGCGUGUUCGGAACCCGGCUUCCCAGCUUCCCACCAUACAUCUUCAAUUUCACGGCUGACGACUUGCCGCUGGACCUGGAGACGCCAAAGCGUGGGACGGAGGCGAAGGUACUGAAGUAUAACUCGACCGUGGACCUCGUUUUCCAGGGGACGAACUUGGAGGCCGGGACUGAUCACCCGAUCCAUCUGCAUGGAUAUAGCUUCUAUGUCGUUGGUUGGGGAUUUGGGAACUUCGACCUCAAGAAGGAUCCUUUGGAUUAUAAUCUGGUGGAUCCACCUUUGCAGAACACCAUUGCCGUGCCGAAGAACGGGUGGACUACGAUAAGAUUCAGGGCGGACAAUCCUGGAGUGUGGUUCAUGCACUGCCACAUAGAGCGGCACCUGACAUGGGGCAUGGACUCGGCGUUCAUCGUGAGGAAUGGAGUUCCCCCGAACACCCACUUGCUGUCGCCACCACCCGACAUGCCGCCUUGUUGAUUCUUCUUCGCUUUCCGUCCGUUUUGGGGGAGACCUGAUGAAGACACUUACCGUCGCCGGGCGAUUCGCGUUUGGUUUUUCGUGCUUCCGUUUAGUUUCGUUUAAAAUGCCGUCUCAAUAACCUGUGGGCGAUGGUAUCGAUUUGGAUGCUGAUGCACCGCAACAUAGAGCUAGUCUUUUCUAGGAAUAAGAUGGUCGUUUAUUUAUCCAUUUUAAUGGGAUCCGAUCCCAUCUCUCUGUCUCUUCGUGAUGUUAGUACAUGAAUUGUAAAUCAUGUGUACCAAAACUAUUUCAACUAUUAAUAAAAUGGGUCGUCUGACAAUA